GGACGACGUUGAAACGUUCUCCGUCGCGUUCCCCGCGCUUUCGAACCCGCUUUGCACCUUACGCGAUCUGGACUUCAUUAUUGGGGCUGCGAAAUAACAACGUGAUCGCAAGAUAAUUCAAAGCAACCCCAAUAAUUGGAAAAUGUCCGGAUUCGCGUCGGCGGGUUUCGCGGCUCUCAACUCCUUAAAGGGAAAAAUCGCAGAAUACCGGCGAGACAAUGCAAGUUAUCAUGAAUUUGCCGGGGACAGAAGUAAGGACAAUAAGGGAUUCGAGGAUGAACGGGGUUACAGUAGACACGCAUCUUUCGACUCAAUACCAGAACCCGAGAGACCACCUUUACGACAUAUUGACACUUAUAUCAAACCAGAAUUACCUUGUUUAUCCAAGAGGUAUACGGUAGCAGUUUUAGCCUGCAUAGGUUUCAUAAUUUCCUUUGGAAUGAGAUUAAAUAUGGGCACAGCGAAAAUAAUCUUAAAAAAUUCAACAGAAACGGGGAACAGUAAAUUUAACUGGUCCAUUGGUACCGAAAGUGCAAUGGACUCGUCCUUCUUCUGGGGUUAUUUGAUAACUCAAGUGCCAGGGGGCUUUUUAGCCUCUCUAUAUCCUGCGAAUAAAGUGUUUGGCCUGGCGAUUGCGACGUCGUCGUUUUUAAAUUUAUUGGUGCCUGGCGCACUCAUAUUGGAUCCAGUUAUGGAAAUGAUAGUUCAAAUCGGAAAAGGAUUGGUCGAGGGAGUAACAUAUCCAGCAUGUCACGGAAUUUGGAAAUAUUGGGCCCCACCACUGGAGAGAUCACGUCUGGCAACACUUGCAUUUUGUGGUUCUUAUGCUGCGAUGGUAAUAGGAAUGCCACUAACAAGUAUUCUCAGCUAUGAUUUAGGAUGGUCAUCAUCCUUUUAUUUUUAUGGAAUCGCAGGAUUGAUAUGGUAUUGUUUGUGGUUGUGGUUAGCGUUUGAGAAGCCUUCAUUACAUCCCUGCAUUUCGGGUAGAGAAUUAAAGUACAUCGAGGAUUCGCUGGGUCAAGGACAGGGGCAAGUGCAGAUGCCAAUGCCCACAUUUGCCACGACCCCCUGGAGAAGCAUUGCCACGUCGAUGCCAGUUUACGCCAUCAUCGUCGCCAAUUUUUGCAGGUCCUGGAAUUUCUAUCUGCUGGUGCUCUUCCAAAAUCGAUUUCUGCACGAGUCGUUUAAAAUGAAUCUACUUGAGACCGGCUUUUUGGGUUCGCUGCCCCAUUUGCUGAUGACGGUCAUCGUGCCCCUCGGUGGUCUGCUGGCAGAUCACCUUCGAAAGCGGGGAAUUAUGACCACGACGAAUGUGCGAAAGCUCUUCAAUUGCGGUGGUUUUGGAAUGGAGGCCCUCUUCUUUUUGGUGGUCGCGAAUGCGGCCUCUAAUAGUAACGGAGGAGCAGCAACGGCGGGUUUGACGAUUGGCGUCGCGUGCAGUGGAUUCGCCAUUUCUGGCUUCAAUGUCAAUCAUCUGGACAUUGCUCCCCGAUAUGCCAGUAUCUUGAUGGGAUUGUCUAACGGAAUCGGAACAAUUGCCGGACUGUUUGUUCCCAUCUUUGUUGAUCACGUCACUCAAACAAAGGAUCCAAACAGUUGGAGGACUGUUUUUAUCGUUGCGGCGUGUGUUCACUUCUUUGGAGUAGUUUUUUACGCGUGUUUCUGCUCUGGAGAGAUACAACCUUGGGCGGAUUCAACUGCGGAAGAUCAAAAAGCCUGGAAUCCUUUAGGUGAACUUAGUCAGACUGGACCACCGGUCAGACCGCCGCCAAUGACCAUGCAGUCUGAAUUUAUAACACAGCCAUCAUUGGAUGGCACAAGCCAGGAGAAUUGGAACGCCAGCUCAGGACCCCCACAAUACAAUGAAUCCUACAGACAAGAGAAAAUUGAUCCACAUUCAACGGCGAAUUAUGGCGCGACGGAAAGUAGUUCCGUCAAUCCAUUCCAUUCAACGAACCCCUUCGUCUCGGGAGUUAAUGCGUCCUACGUUCAGCCUUCAACGACAGACGAUAACUCGUACGACGUCAUGCAAAAUGAGUAAAUAUUUACAAAUUCAUUCUUGAAUCAAUUAAAAAACAAAUCACAAAAAUUAGAAAAGAAGCGAUAAUGCUGCGUCAACUAUGAAAGAAGAAAAAGCAUUUGUCAUUCAAAUG